AUGGCAGAACAUCGUAAUAGUGGUCAAGAGAAAGAGGAGGUGCGUAAAUUUAAAAACGAACAAAGAUUAAAAAAAGGUGGAAGUACUAACGCUGAGACUGAGGCUGCAACAUAUAAGACGAAAAUAUGUAAAACUUUUGAGCAAA